AUGCAUGCACAUGCACAGUUCGCACCUGUGUCGAGCCUGUGUGCUGCGCUCACCGUCGAGCGGGCGCGGGCGCUGCUGCGCGGAGGCGCCGACCCGCUCGCCGGCGCGCCUUCUGCCCUCGAGCGGGCGCGCGUCCUCUGCUCGUGGGGCGAGUCGGAUCCGACCGCUGCGGGAGUCGGCUCCACCGUCGCGAUCCGCUCUCUCGUCUCGCGGCCCUCGAUGAACGGCAAGGUCGGCGUCGUCGUCUCCGCGAGCGCUUCGACGGGUCGCUUCGGCGUGCGCGUGGCGGGCGAGGCCAAGGCACUCGCACUGAGGCGCGCACUGCAAUGGCCGGCCAACCUGGAGCCAGCGGCCGAGGCGGUGGAGGUGGGCAGGCUCAUCCUCAAGGCGGCGGAGUGGACGCCGCAGUCGCACGAGCUCUUCCCGACAGCGGCUCGCAAGCGGGCGGUCGAGGUGAUGCGGCUGGGCUACCUGAUCGCCUGGGACGAGGAGCGCUUCGACAGCCGCGAGGGAGCGGCUCCGGAGCUGGCGGACAUCUGGCGCGGCUUUGUGCUGCCAAGAGUGGUGAUCCACGAGCGGUACCACCUCGACUCGGCAGGAGCCACGAACGGCAUCGCGGCGCUCGACUUUGGCCACUGCGUCUUGGGCUUCGCCAUCACGCGCGAGACGCAGUAG